AUGGUCGUCACAUGCGACCCGAAGGACCCACGAGCACCGGAAUCACUCAAACGGAUCUGCCGAAACCUUCGCUGGGUCCCGUUCGCUUUCAUCUUUGGCCUCAUAGCAUACGCCUACCUCACAGUCACGAUUUCUCUCGCCAUACGGUAUCAUCUUGCGAACAAGGGCGAAUGGAUCUCAGCCUUCUUUGAGCUGCUCAUAUCUACAACAUUGGCGGGUGGUGCGCUCUGGGGCUUCGUCGUUGCUGUGUUCAAGGACCCCGGAUCACCACUGGGAAGACGCAAUGAUGACCGGGAGAGUUGGGCUGGGUCAUCGUCGAUGCGGCCCGGUAGCGAGUACGAGAUGGGCGGCGAAGCAGAGGAAGCGCAAUCGUUGAUUCGAGACCAGGAUCGCGACACUGAUACUGAUGCCGGCGGUGAUCGAGCGGCGCUCUUCAACGCACCCAUUCCCGGUCAGCCGCAAUACCCCGCACGUUCCGGUCGUCAACAACUCGCUGAUCUCCAACGUCUCCCCUCCCACGCCUCCGUCUCCACCAACGCCGCGGUCCAACGACGAUCCAACAUCUGGGUGAAGUCGAGCGGCGAGUCCCGCUGGUGUGCCAAGUGCGAUGCACCCAAACCCGACCGCACGCACCACUGCAGCACCUGCAACCGCUGCGUCCUCCGCAUGGAUCACCACUGCCCUUGGCUCGCAAACCGCUGCGUCGGACUUCGAAACCACAAAGCGUUCUUCCUCUUCAUCGCCUACACUGCGCUGUUCUGCGUGUAUUGCUGUCAGGAAACUGCCAGGGCGCUGUUGCGCUACGUCGAGAUGGAGAACAAUGGGUUUGAGAGCAGUCCGAUCGGUUGGGCGGUGGUGUUGUUUUUAGGGUUCAUCUUUGGUGCCAGUCUGGUGCCGUUUGCGGGGUAUCAUGCGUGGUUGAUUUGUAAGAACAGGACCACGAUCGAGAGUAUGGAGGGAUCGGGGAGGGUGAGGUUGAGGGUGAAGAGAGACGAAAGGAGACCGAGGGUAGAGGAUAGAUUGAGGGGGAUCGUUGGGUCUUCUGCGCAGCAGACGAGUGGAAAUGGUGGCAGGAUGGACGGGAACAGAAGUGGGAAACAGGGCGGUUGGAGAUCCGACGAGCACCUUUCGAGGGACGAGCGAAGAGCGUUGAAGAAAGCGAGCAAGCUCAACGUGUACGAUGUCGGUGCGGCGAGCAAUUGGCGUCAGGUGAUGGGUGACAAGUGGUACCUCUGGUUCGUACCGGUGGGCGAACCGCUGUCGGAUGGAUUCGGCUUCCUCGUUCAAACGAAGACGUUGCAAAAGCUGGAGGAGAUCACCGCGUCCAUCCGCGUACGCGAUGAGCAAGGUCAGAAUCGCGCAUCGUCGCCCGAAAGGGAAGAUGAUGAUGAUGAUGAUGAUUCGGUGUAUGGCGGCUCACAAGGGGCGACACGAUUCGGAUACGCUGACAGAUCUAGUCGCGACAACCAGCCGGAACCUCCUCGCGAGACGGGGCUCGAGCGACAGUCAGGUCAGACGUUCAACGGCGCCCACGGCGAAAUGGAAUGGGGAGAUGCACCGAAGAAGUCGUUCGUGCUUUUCGGGGUUGAUGAUGACGAUGACCAUGCUUAG